GUCGGUUAUCUGGUGAUUUAAAGAAUUUUAUCUGGUUGCGAGGCUAGGCGGUGGCAACGCGAAGUCAUUGCUAUUUGAGCGUUCUGAACUCAGUCGGCUUUUCGCUGCCGGUCGGUUUACUCGUGUUUGUGGUCGUGAGUUUAGUAUGAAAAAUGGCUGGCAGGAUGCUAAAGUUUAUUCGCGGCAAGGGGCAGCAGCCCUCUGCUGAAAGACAGAAGCUUCAAAAUGAACUGUUCGCUUUCCGCAAGACAGUGCAACACGGCUUCCCACACAGAGCGUCCGCGCUGGCCUGGGACCCGCUGCUCAGGCUGUCGGCCAUCGGCACGGCGACGGGCGCGCUCAAAGUGUACGGCCGGCCCGGCGUGGAGUUGUACGGUCAGCACACAAACCCGGACGCGGCGGUUACGCAGAUACAUUUUAUACCCGGCACUGGGCGGUUAAUAUCAUUGUGUGAUGACAAUAGUCUCCAUUUAUGGGAGAUAAACGAAAAAUCACUGGUGGAACUCAAAAACCACGCAUUCGAAGGCAAGAACAAGAAAAUUUCGGCGCUAUGUAUGGAAUCUUCUGGAAAGAACCUCCUGCUCGGUACAGAGGGGGGGAAUAUAUACACAUUAGAUGCGAACACAUUCACAAUGAACGAAGAUGUUAUAUAUCAGGAUGUUGUUAUGCAAAAUUGUCCAGAAGAUUUCAAAGUGAACCCCGGAGCAGUUGAGUCAAUAUGCGAACAUCCAAAGGCGCCGACUCGGAUCCUGAUUGGCUACAACCGCGGGCUCGUAGUGCUAUGGGACAGACAGUCGGCCACGCCCACACACACGUUUGUGUCCAAUCAACAGCUAGAAAGCCUUUGCUGGAAUGAUGAAGGAGAACACUUCACAUCCUCCCACAACGACGGUUCGUUCGUGACGUGGGAAGUGGCCGGCGCGGCGUCGGACAGACCUCUGAAGGAGCCGGUCACCCCGUACGGACCCUACCCUUGCAAGGCGAUUACUAAGAUACUGAAUAGGACAAGCGUGGACGGCGAGGAGGUUACCAUAUAUGCAGGUGGCAUGCCGCGAGCAUCUUAUUCCGACAAAUACACAGUCACAGUGCAGCAGGGUGAAAAACAUGUCGCCUUCGAUUUCACAAGUCGAGUGAUAGACUUCUUCACAACGACGCCGGUGCCGCCGGACGGCGCGCCGCUGCAGGAGGAGCGGCCGCUCACCCCCGCCUCGCUGCAGCUGCAGAGCGUCAACCAGGUCGCCGCCGCGCUGGUGGUCCUUGUAGAAGAGGAGUUGGUGGUGAUAGACCUCUGCGACGCAAAAUGGCGGCCGCUGAAACUGCCGUACCUGGUGUCCAUCCACGCGAGCGCUGUUACCACUGCGUAUCUCGUUGAUAACGUGGCCGAUACCGUCUAUGAUAAUAUCGUAGCUGCUGGCGAGAAACAAAUCGAGGACGUGUACUCCGACAGCCCGUGGCCCAUAUCCGGCGGCGAGGUGGAGUCCGCGGACGCGGCCGAGCGGCAGAUCCUGCUCACCGGCCACGAGGACGGCUCCGUUCGGUUCUGGGACGUCAGCGCCGUGGUCAUGACGCCGCUCUACAAAUACACCACUUCGCAUCUCUUUAGUGGCGAAGAAAUCGGUGAGAACAACGACAGUCAAAACGAUGAAGAAGAGUGGCCGCCGUUUAGAAGAGUCGGCACAUUCGACCCGUACAGUGACGACCCUCGGUUAGCUGUUAAACGAGUAAUUCUCUGUCCGCUAUCUGGAAUGCUGACUAUCGGAGGCGCGGCGGGACACAUCGUCAUUGCUAGCUUGAAAAACUGUCCCACCACUGCGGAAGUUAAGUCAAUAUCAGUGAACAUAGUGUCGGAUCGCGACGGCUUCGUGUGGAAAGGACACGACCAGUUGACUCUUCGCUCUGGAGCACUAACUUUCUCGCAAGGAUAUCAGGCGAGCGCGGUGGCGCAGGUGUCGCCGCCGGCCGCGAUAACGGCGCUGGCGGCGCACUGGGAGUGGGGCGUGGUGUGCGCGGGCACGGCGCACGGGCUCGCGCUGCUCGACGCGCUCGCGCCCGCCGCGCUGCUGCACAAGUGCACGCUCAACCCGCACGAUCACUCUGGAGCCGGUGACACGCCGAUUUCCAGGAGGAAAUCGUUCAAGAAGUCACUGAGGGAAUCUUUCAGAAGACUCAGGAAGGGUCGCUCGCAAAGAAGACAGACCACGGCCGCCAGCCCCACCUCACCUACACAGCCCGCUAAGAAAGUAGCAGAGAAGAUAGCGGAAAACGAGGCGGAAGUGGUGAAGCCCAUAGAGCGCGCGGUGGAGGCGCGCUCUACGGACGACGCGUUCGGCUCUAUGGUGCGCUGUCUGUACUUCGCUAGGACCUUCCUCAUCAGCACACAACAUUCCGUCCCAACGCUUUGGGCGGGAACCAACAACGGCACGGUGUAUGCGUUCACGAUCAACGUUCCCAGCGCUAACAAACGGAAAGACGAGCCCCUCACCUGCCAAUUGGCGAAAGAAAUACAGUUGAAGCACAGGGCGCCCGUAAUAAGUAUCACAGUACUCGAUGGAGCGUCUGUACCAUUGCCGGAUCCUUUAGAGGUGGAACGGGGCGUGGCACCCUUGCCGGAGGGCGGCACUCACCGCGUGUUGAUCGUGUCGGAGGAGCAGUUCAAGGUGUUCACUCUGCCCUCGCUCAAGCCGCACAACAAGUACAAGCUUACCGCACACGAGGGCGCUAGGGUGCGGCGCACCGCGUUCGCGUGGUUCGAGUGCGCGAGCGGCGGCGAGCGGCACCGCGAGUGGUGCCUGCUGUGCCUCACCAACCUCGGCGACUGCCUGCUGCUCGCCGCCGACCUGCGCCGCCAGCUCAACGCGGCGGCCGUGCGCAAGGAGGACAUCAAUGGCAUAUCCAGCUUAUGCUUCUCGAAGCGCGGCGAGGCUCUCUACCUUCACUCAUCAUCAGAAUUACAAAGAAUAACGUUAUCAGCAACAAAGGUAACGAGAGCGCAGUGUCACGUGCUGCUGUCACCGUGGGCGGUCGCGCUCAAAAGCGCCGCAGAAGAGGCGCCGCUAACUAAUGGAGAACAUAAGGAGGAAAGCGCAGACGCAGUACACGAUGUGACAGCGGCCUCUGCGGAUAUCACAGUGGACUCGGUGCGGGAUCACACGCAACAACCCAGCACCGAUCUGCCCAACGAACUUAAUAUUAACUUGCAGAACUCGCAAGUGAACACCAGCUCGAUGGUUGUGAAGACGACGACGCGCACGACCGUGAACGAGAACAGCGCGGACGGCGCCGCCACCACCACCACCACCACGACAACCAGCAACUCCACCAGCGAAAACAUCCUAGAGCACAGUCGUGAGGAAGGAGUCAUCACCCGCAUUGAGACGGGCACCGUGACAGUGCCGGCCGGCACCGACCCGAAGCUGAUCCUCGAAAUGUUUGACCGUCAACGGUCGCCGCUCACCGUCCCCGUGCCGCCCGCCGCCACCGCCGCCGCACCCACCGAAUCCUAAAGAUUUACAUUCACCACGCGACCGCGCCGCUAGAUGUCGCCUUCGACGUCCGCGCCGACAAUAUAGAUUUGCUUUUCAAAUUUCGAAUGUGUCAAAAAACGAACCGAAAGAGCGGCACAGAUGUGAAUCGAUGGAUCUAUUGUUUCUUGCUAUUGUCCGACCUCUUUUGGGAUAUGUAAAGUUUAAUGUAUACUACUCGAGUGGUGGCACACGACGGAUUUUUAUACUGCCAGAAUAUGAAUGUUGUAGAAUACUUUGAGCUUACCGUAUGUGAGAAAUGUAUAAUAAUUGUUCUUUCAAUAUAAAUGUCAGUACAAUUACAUAGAACAAAAAGAAAUAGUAAAAAUCAAUUUAAGAACUUUCUUGUAUGUUAGAGUAAUUUUUAUAAAAGUGCUGCAUAGUACAAGAACGUUGUAUUAAAUAUGACAAAUACUAUAUAGAUAAAACAUAUGAUGUUAUUAUAUUAUUAUACUUACAUUUUAAACAUUUUUACACAUUAGCCGCGAUUUUUCCCAAUUUGUACUAAUUUAAUGUAUCGAAUAGGAAUAAUUUAUUGUAUUUUGUAAAUUUUAUCUUUAUUCUAAGCGUAAUUUGUAAGUAAUUAUUGCAUUUUAUAUAAACGAUAGAUUUAUCUUUUGCCCUGUCAAUUACUUAGCAUUAUAAAAUCUAUUGGCUAGCGUUUUUAAGUUAUAUAAAACUAUUUUUUGCUUGAGUACUUAAGCUGUACGAAAUUUUAAUUUUUUAAUAUUGUUUUUACCAAUAAGUAAUUAAUAUUAGUACAAAAAUAAAAUGGCCAUAGCACUUUUAUGUUGGGUGUAGAAUUUGAUACGAUUAAUUAAGCAACCUGACUAUAGAUUUUUAUUUGUUUCCUUAUAAGUUAUAAAUAUAAACACUGACAACAAUGACACGUUUUAACAAGUAUAGCAAUUCUUUUUCAUUGCUGAGGUGUGAUUUCGUUUAUCUACACUUUUAUUGUAUUCUAAUUUUAUAUAGUAUUAGCAACAUGGCAGCUGUUACAUUUAGCGCGCCUCUUUUCAAAAUGACAGUUGUAUAUAAUUUUAACAGUAUUUAAUUAUGGCAACAAUUAAUAUUUGCAUUUGAACAUCACAACGUUGUGAUAGAUGGGAUUGAAUUUUGUUUUUAGGUUUUAUAUUUUAUUUUAGAUGUAAGUUGUAUGUGCCUGCCUAUUUCUAUGACGCCUUUAAAAUUAUAAGGGUGUCUCACGUCCAGAUUGCUUCUGUUUUUAUUAUUGUACAAUUAUCUUUGUGCUAUUAUAUCAUUUUUAAAUUUGAUACGAACCUUGCUAUUUGUAUCCAACACAAGAAUAAAUGCUGAGAAAAAGAA